AGCACGUGAUUAGGCGUGUUUACCUACAAUGUAGCAAGACCACCAGUCCGUGUUUACCAACCUCAACCAAUGUGAAAAAGCACAAUCGGGUUCAGAGUCACAACUAUUUUCUGGAUUUAAUUCUGAUUCUCCGUUUAUUUUUUCGUUAAUAACUGCUCAAUGCAUCCGCAUCCGAGAGAAGCAGAUCUGAGUGUGUAGUCUGCGGCCAAACGAGCACGAGCGAGGGAUACUGGACUAACAGAUGCAUACCGGUACCUAAAUCUGCUGCCAGCCUCGUUAUGGGCAUUAUAGAGGAGAGUGAUGUGGAGCAGGUGACCCUGGCUCUUUUGGAUGCUGCCAAUGACAGGGAUCCUGUGGUGCAGGAGCAGGUCAGGAAGUCAAUCUUGACAGUGGGGAACCAGCAGCCUGAUAAAGUCUUGUCAAUGUGCCAGGACUACCUGGUGAAACACCCAAAGCUUGUGGUCAGCCACAGAGUGGUGAUCUUGCAAACCAUUGAGUUGGUGGUGGAGAGCAGGAUUGAUAACAUCAGUUACCCCAAGAUUAAAAGUGUUAUACAUCUGGCGUCAGACGAGAUGACCAAAUCAAAGGACGUUGUCCCAGAAUGGCAGCAAGCAGCUAGUAAUAUUUUGGUUGCUGUGGGCAACAAAUAUAUCAAUGACAUUAUGGAGGAGAUUCUCAGCAAGUUUCAGCCGGGAGUUUUGCCGCACUUUUUUGUGGUCCAAACACUAGCCAAUCUGUCAGAAUCGAAUGUAUAUGGCAUGGUGCCUUUUCUCAAUGCUAUAAUGGGGACUAUGUUGCCCAUGCUGGGCAUGGCCAAACAGGACAACAUGAAAUGGGUCUUUUCUUCUGCUCUCUGCCGCUUCAGCGAGAGCAUACUAGAGUAUCUGGCAAAUUUGGAUAAGGCACCUGACCCCACUGUGCGAAAAGACACCUUCUCCAGUGAGAUCUUCUCAGCUUACGACAUCUUAUUCAGCAACUGGAUCCAAAGCAGAGAUUCCAAGCUGCGUCUGACUGUAGCAGAGGCCGUCGGGUCAAUGAGUCACCUGAUGGCUCAUGAUAAACUGGAAGAGCAGCUUCCCAAACUUCUUCCCACCAUACUGGGACUCUACAAAAAGAAUGCAGAACACUACAUCAUUAGCAAGAGUUUGUGUCAGAUUCUGGAGGCUUCUGUGAAUAUGGGCAGCAGAGUAUUGGAAACACAGGUUGAUGGUCUUUUACUCGCCCUGCACCAACAGAUAUGUUCACCUUUGGACUUUAAAAACCCCCCAACUGUGAAAAACCACAAUGAGGUGCUGCGAUGCUUCAGUAUUCUUGCAAACACGUUCCCCGACCGUCUGAUGGUGUUUGUUCUCCAGAGGCUGGAGAACAGUAAUGAGAGGAACAGAAUGGGCUCUCUGGCUGUGCUCAGGCACCUCAUCAACUCAUCCACCUCCACUAUGGAAACCAAAAAGCAUCUCAUUCUUGCCAGCAUCAGACAACCUUUGGCAGACCACAGCAAUAAGGUAAAGAAGAGCGUUGUGCAGGUGAUCAGUGCGAUGGCUCAUCAUGGAUACUUAGAGCUGGAUGGAGGAGACCUGCUCGUCCGAUUUAUCAUCCAGCAUUGUGCUCUUCCAGACACUUGCAAUCGAGGACAGCGACCACCAGACCCAGAAGAGGUGACCAAUGAAGCUCUGCGAAGCAUGUGUGACAACACGCUGCACCUUUUCACUACUACAGUGGGACAGCUUACUGACGUUCUGUGGCCGAUGCUGCUUUGCUACCUGACCCCAAACCAGUAUUCCAAUGCCACAACCCCCCUGUGCAAGAGUUUAAUUCUGCUGGCCAAUAAAAAACAUGCAGCACAAGAGCCCAGCUUUAUCAUCGACUUCAAUGCACAAGGCUCCAAUCUUCCCUCACAGUAUAUUCUGAUGAUAAGGCUCUUGGUUAAUGCCUCGUUCCCAUUUCGGUGUAGAGGGCAUGGUGUUCCCUCUCUGAGUCUUCUCAAUGCAAUAAGCCCUAACAUUCACCCUAAAGUCAAACUACUAUGGGAUGACCUAAUUCCAAAGUUACUCGAUUACCUUGAAGAAAAAUCAGAAGAGUCUUUGGACCAAAAGAAUUGGGAAGAAAGUUUACUACAGCUCCUGUCUAAAACCCUGGCAGUCAUUGAUGACGGGAAGUGGACCGCUCAGCUUGCAGGUGAAGCCACACGAUAUCUUCCUACGUACAACAGCUCAAUGGAGGAGAAGAGUUUUUUGUACAGGUGUAUUGGUACGAUUCUUCAGCAGUGCUGUAAUAAAGAACUGGUCAGAAAACAGAUACAGGAGAUCCUGAUCAACGCUCGCCACAAUGAUACAAUCGAAAGAACGGGUGUUGCAAUGGGAAUUGGGCUGUGUGCUAGCAGCCAUCUUGAUGGCACUCUCAAAAACUUGGAAGAGUUUGGGAAAUCUGACACUUUCAGGAAAGCCUCAGGGAUAUUUAGUCUUCUCAAAGAUAAAAAUGAUGUUGAUGUGGAGAAAAUUAAAAGCACACUGAUUUUAUGUUAUGGAUACAUCGCACUAAAUGCACCAGAAGAUCAACUCCUCCCUCGCCUUGAUUGUGACAUUCUCCAUAACAUCUCCAAGCACUUUAACACCAAGGUUCUGGGAAUUAAAGUAGAGACCAAGGACCUUACUAUGAAACUCAGUCUUAUCCACAGUGUUGGACUCAUUGCAAAGGCGAUCAGCAAUUCUGUCCGUAAACAGGGUUUCCAGUUCUCCCGCAAACAUGAGCUGAUGGGUGUUAUGACGGAUUUUAUCAAAGCCGAACCAGCAGAUGUCAUGCGGACCCCUGUUCGCUAUCUAGUUUUGACCACAUGUGCCAAUCUCAUAAAUUUAGACCCUCCGUUAACAGAAAACGAAAACUUUGAGUUGCUAAAAACGUGUGUAAAUGGAGUUUAUGGGCUUCCUACUUCAGACACGCCAGAUAAAGGUAAAGAUGAAGAAGCAAUGGAUCCACAGCAGAGAAAGGUUUUAUAUUCAGACACCUUUAAUGCUCUUCAUGAAUUGCUGAAAAAUGUGUUACGCAGAGACUUGAGUCCUGAUGGUCUUCAGGCUGUGUUCAAGCAUAUAGAGAGCUGGUUGUGCUCAGGGCAAGAUUAUGAGCGGGAGAGGGCAGUGAACACCACCGCUGAGAUACUAAAGUUUUAUUUGGACAGUCUCAAUGUAAAGAACUUGGUGACAUUCCAUAAUCUGGGAGCUCUUUUGGGACGUCUGGCCCCACGAUGCACAGACCCACACCCUGAGGUCCGCAGGGCAGCCAUAGACUGUGUCUACAGCCUGCUGUACAUUGAGCUGCGCUAUGAAGGCUUCUCAUUGGACCACAAGGAUGACUCAAUUGAGAGCAUGCUAGACAUCCGUGAGAAUCUAAACAAUCCUGACCAUUCUGUCUUGUACAAAACUUGCUCUGACCUGACCAAGAUCAUCAGUAAGCGUCUGCCACAACAUCAGUUGAGCCCCCUCCUGUUUAUGUUGUUCGAGGGUUUGGUGGACUCUCAGUCCAACUGCUCCAGAGCCUCCAGUGUGAUCAUCAAUACUUUGCUAAAGAACAGAGGUGCUGGACUGCAAGAUCUGGUGCCAGAGAUGUUAGAAGUGUUACACAAUCGGCUGCAGCUGAUCGGUGAAGAGCAAGUGAGGGUUGCCGUCGGUCAGUCUAUCCUCAUCCUCGCCACACAGCAUCUUCAAAUUCUUGUGAACACGCUUGUCGCCUACCCGCUGCCUUACGACAGCUGGAGCUGUGAGAUGUGGAUGGCUCUUGGAGCAGACAGCACUUUGGCCCUGCAAAUCAUGGAAAUGAUUAUUGAGAAGCUGAACGUCAUGGUACCCUACGUAGAUAAGAAGGAGUCCAUGCUGAGGCCGGGCUUGACCAAAGUUGCCACCAGCCAGCCGCUAGCUAUGACGUGUGGCCUGCGUGAGAUGAUGUUGAAUGGUCAGUCAGCAGAUGCGGUGGCCUCUCUCUUUCCACAACUCUUCAGCACGCUGCUGGUGCGUCUGGGCUCAAGCGUGGGAGUUCAGCUGCCCAAAGACCUCAACAGUAACAGCAUCAUCUCAGACCGUAAAACCCCCAGCAAAAUCAACAUGGCCAGCUUUGACGUCUGUGGAGUGGCGGUAGAGGCUCUGCGGAUCCUGUUGGCUCGGGCUCAGCUGGACGCUGUCAUGAAACUAUUAGAUCAGGAGGGAGCUUGGGACAAACUGAAGGACCCACAGCAGCACACGACAGGUGUCACGCUACUCUCCAGAGCAAUGGCAAAGCAUGCUGGUCCUCGUCUUCCAGCCAUUGUGGAGAGUAUUUGUCCAUCUCUCAAUAAUAUCUAUGAAUGUCAGAGGAUCACAGUCACAGCCUUCUUCUCUGAGCUGCUGAAUCACCAUGUUGCGACCGAACUGAUGAUUUUGGACAUGUUAAUGAACAACAUGAUGGAGAGAAUAACCGACUCUUGCAGUACCGUCCGUAUGCUGGCGAUCCGGGGCCUGGGGAACAUUGCUGUGGGUUCACCUGAAAAGGUGAAUAAAUAUGCGAAGGAGCUUCUAGCAGCCAUGAGUUCAGGUAUGGAGGAAAACGAUGAUCCAGGAAAACAAAUCACACUGGAAGCCAUGUCAGGCAUGUCUAAGAUACUGCUUUACCUGGACCAGAAGAAUGUCCACCUGCUUGUGGUUUACAUAUUCAUGAAGAUCAAACCCUUUCUGGAGAAUGAGAACAAUGAGAUCCGAUGUGCUUCCAUCAUGCUCCUGGGGAACCUCUCCAAGUUUGGCUUGGGUGAGCCUGUUUUUAGGGACCAGAUCCACAAUGUUCUGGUCAGCUUGCUGUUGCACCUCAGUGAUCCGAACCCUCAGGUGGUGAAGGCAUGCAAGUAUGCCAUGCGCGUGUGUGCUCCGGUUGUAGGAUCGGAGCAGAUCUCCACCAUGUUCCUGAAUCAUCUUCAUGAGGACAAGGGUCUGCAUUAUGGAGAGUUCAUUAAUGACCUCACUAAAUACCUGAUCCAGGAUUUUCCAGGCAUGCUGAACUUCUACCACAUCACAGUGAUUCAGUUUUUCAAAAGUAACUGGUCUGAGAUAAGAGCAAGUGCUGCCAUGUUUAUUGGUUUUUUGCUCGGGAACCUUCCGGAUGAACACUUUUCUCACAUGAAUAUGGGAUCAGUGACUAAAGGUUUGGUGAUAUUGCUGCAGGAUCCAGAUCCUCUUGUGCGGGUUAAAGCCGCUGAGGCCAUGGGUCAUUUUCACUGAUGUCAUUUCUGCUCAUCAGAUUAGUCUUUCAUUUUAAGUUGCUUUGAUUAAGGAGACCGCCUUGAAUUGUUGUUCUAUAAUAGACCUUUAACGGUUUUAAAUAUGGACCAAAGACUGUGCACUAGUUCUGUAAGAAAAGAGAAAAAUAAAAAGUAGAAUACAUAUAUUGACCUUACAGCACUUUUAAGCACAUGUGUUUUGAUGCAUUGUUGUACACUACAUAGCUAAUAUAUAUGACCAUGCCUGUGAAAGUCACUGUUAAAGAUAUCAAGGUUAUGUUUUUACUGAAUGUUCUUUGUAACAGGUAGGCUCAAUUUAAAAAUGUAACUUUAGCUGGGAUUUUACAGACUUGGUCACAUAUGGACACACCCAUUCUAAUUAAAGAGUUUGCUGUUUUACCUACAGUAUAAUCAGACACGUACAGAAUGUCCUGACUUUUUUUGCAGUUUCUUUAACUAAACAGUUGUUUAGUCAAGAUUUAAAGGUGCAGUGUGUACAUUUUAGGAGGAUCUCUUGGCAUAAGUGCAAUAUAAUGCACACAACUAUGUUGCGUAUAAAGACCUUAUAUAAUAAACCGUUUUGUUUUUAUUACCUUAGAAUGAGCCAUUUUCAUAUACAUACAUCGCGGGUCUCCUUACAUGUUUUUACAGUAGCCGUAAAUGCACAAACUGCUCUAAAGAGGGCUCGCGUUGUCUCAGACGAUGAUGUGUUUGUCAUGUGAUGACUAUCGUAGCUUCUCAUUGCAUUUUAAAAGGGUGAGGUGAGCUGUGGACGGAGCUGUUGGUUGCAAUUCACGUUCUCACCUCUAGAUGCUGCUUAAAUCUACACACAGCACCUUUAAACCAGACACUUUCUAGUAGAAAGCCUAGUAGUUGAGUAAAACAUGUUAUAGCAGUUAUAACAGGAUCAACUUCCUGUUAAUGUCGUUUAUGAAAUUAAAUAUUCAACAAGCACAUGUAAGCAUGGAAUUUGGGUGAUCAAAUACAUUUGGCUAUGUAACUUUAUACCUGCUGGCCCAUUAAAUGGUACAUUUGCAGAAUAUUCUGUUUUUAACCAUGUACAUUUAUAGAAUUGAUGAUACCAUAAGCUUGCUUGGCCAUUCCUUAAGUGUGCAUACCAAAACCUGAAGUUUAAAAAAUGUAUAUAGUAUAGAUCAAUAUACUUAAACCUAAAAUCUUUUUUUGCUCAGAGCAGAUUUCAAAGGUUUAGAUUUGAAUCCUAUAAAGAUGUUAUAGAGAUGCAGACAUUUAAGUCAUAUUGACCACCUAGACCAUAAACCUUCAGCACUAAAUGACUCUAAUAUUAUACCACGGGUCUGUUGAAUGCUUUAUUCUGAUUGGCUGAGAAAUGUUCCAUUCGUGUUAUAAUAUUUUCCUGUAAACCACACAUCUGACCUGUCAAAUGUCUUAAAAAUAGAGCAAAGUUUGUGGUAACCAUGGUAUAAAAGGACUAACUGACUCCGGUCCUUUGAAUUAUUUGAAAAUAAUGCACACCCGCGUGGGAAAGGAUGGGAAAGGAAGAUCAAAAUGGUGCCAAAAAAUCAAAGAUGGUACUGUAAGCACACAGUUGACGGUACCCAUUGACUUUCAUACUACUUUCAUUGUUUUUCUUACUAUGGAAGUCAAUGGGUACCGUCAACUGAUACCAUCAAUUAUUAAAAUACCUUACUUAUUGUUCAACAGAAGAAACUUAUAAAUGUUUAGAACAACAUAAGGUUGACUAAAUGAUGACAGAAUUUUUUAUUUUGGGGUGAACAACCCCUAAAUAAACACACAAACGUACAAAUAAUAUUGUUGAAUGCUUUAUUCUGAUUGGCUGAAUUUUGGCAUUCAUGAAUUCCCUUAGCUCAUUUCAGUACUUAAUCAGUAUCUAAAAGAUAAGUUGGUAUAAAAAUAAGUCUAAGUAUAACUUAUAUCUAUGAAUGCUCUGUUCCAGUUUGGCACUAUGAGGAAGAAGCUCAAUUCCUUUCUACCUCGAUGUGUUGAAUAUGUAUAAGCACAAGUCAAUUGAAAAGUGCUUACUGUGAACGCAAAACUUUGAUGUAAUCUGAAUGCUUUAUCCAAAGUUUAGCAUUUAGAGGUGCUUAUUUCAUUCAGCCAAAGCUGUAAUGACAUUGGAAUUAAUUUCUGGCACACAGUCAGGCUGACUGAUAUUGUUUUUGCGUCUUGGAUGGAUUUCUGAGCAACCAAACUGCCACAGCAUGUUUCACAGGUCUGCUGCCGAGCAUGCUGUUACAUUUACAUCUUCCCAUUGAUUUGUUGAUAUUUGAAUAUGUCUGCUGUUUUCUUUUAGCCUGAACUGUUUUGUAUCAUCAGACAAU